AUGGAACACCAGCUUUAUGAACGAGACCGAGUGGGAGUACAAGAUGCAGUUUUAUUAGAAGACUUCACUAAUCAAGAUGUUUUUGUAGAUAAUUUACAAAAGAGAUUUAAAGAAGAUGUUAUUUAUACUUACAUUGGUCCAGUAUUGAUAUCAGUUAACCCGUAUAGAGAACUAAAUAUUUAUGACUCUAAAACUGUGCAGCAAUACCGCAACAAACAUUUUUUUGAAGUUCCACCUCAUGUAUUUGCCAUUACCAACAACGCAUAUACAUCCUUAAAAGAAGAAAACCGAGAGCAAUGUAUCCUAAUUUCAGGCGAAUCGGGAUCUGGUAAAACUGAAGCCUCCAAAAAAGUCCUGAACUAUAUAGCCGCAGUUACAGACCAGAGAGGGGAAGUAGAAAAAGUAAAAGAUAAACUUUUGUUUUCAAAUCCCAUUUUAGAAGCAUUUGGUAAUGCUAAAACUAAUAGAAAUGACAAUUCGAGUAGGUUUGGAAAAUACAUGGACAUCCAGUUCAACUUCGAAGGAAAUCCAGUGGGAGGAAAUAUCUUAAACUACCUUUUAGAAAAAUCACGAGUAAUAAAUCAAGGGUCAGGAGAAAGGAAUUUUCACAUCUUUUAUCAAUUGCUUGCAGGUGCAUCUGAAGAAGAGUUGGACAAAUUGCAUUUGAAGAGGAAUUUAUCUUCUUAUUAUUAUUUAUCUAAUGGGCAAAACGGCACCACAGCUAUAAAUGAUCAGAAAGAUUUUAGUGAAGUUAGAAAAGCCUUAACUACUUUAGAGUUUACGGAAAAAGAACAGUCAGAUAUGUUUUCCGUUAUCUCGGCCAUACUGCAAUUAGGAAACAUUGGAUUUUCUGAGGAGGAAGGACGCACUCUCAUAUUAAAACCGGAGCAAGUAGAUAUUGUUAGUAAGCUUCUUGACUGUGAUAAAGAAAAAAUGAGACUAGCAUUGCAACAACGAACUAUUGAAACCAUUAGAGAUGUAGUCACUAGUCCCCUAAAUAGAGAAUUGUCGAUAUACGCCAGAGAUGCUUUAGCUAAGGCCAUAUACGACAGAAUGUUUACUUGGCUUGUAAAUAGAAUUAACGAUUCUUUACAACCCAGCGACAAACGAAGAAAUGUCGUGAUGGGUAUCUUGGACAUUUAUGGGUUUGAGAUUUUUGAAAGAAACGGAUUUGAACAACUUUGCAUUAACUUUUGUAACGAAAAACUUCAACAGUUGUUUAUCGACCUUACAUUGAAAUCAGAACAAGAUGAAUACGAAAAAGAAGGAAUUGUAUGGCAACAUAUAGAAUAUUUCGACAAUAAAAUUAUUUGUGACUUAAUUGAAGAAAAACAUAGAGGUCUUAUUGCGUACAUGGACGAAGAAUGUUUGCGACCAGGAGAUCCUACUGACAAAACUUUACUUGCUAAAUUGGAUGAACGUCUGAGCUACCAUGCUCAUUACAUAAGUCACAAGAAGGCUGAUAUUAAAUUACAAAAAAUUAUGGGUAGAGAUGAAUUCCGCUUAAUUCAUUACGCUGGAGCUGUAACUUACAACGUCAAAUCUUUCAUAGAUAAAAACAACGAUUUAUUAUUCAGAGAUUUAAGAGAAGCUAUGUUGAGUUCAAAGAAUCGUAUUAUAGAGUCAGUGUUCUUCGAACAUGAGCAAAAAAGUAAAAAGAGACCAGAGACUGCCAUUACCCAGUUUAAGACUUCCGUAAACAACCUCAUGAAUAUUUUGAAAGAUAAAGAACCGUCUUAUAUUAGAUGUAUAAAACCUAACGAUUCUAAACAUUCGGGUAUCUUUGAUUUCGAACUAGUAGGACAUCAAGUUACAUACUUGGGUUUGAUGGAAAAUUUAAGAGUUCGUAGAGCCGGUUUUGCGUAUCGCAGAGAUUAUGAAAGAUUCCUAAAAAGGUAUAAGUGUCUUUCCAAAGAAACUUGGCCAAAUUACAAAGGAAAUGCUAAAAACGGUGUCCAGGCUUUGGUUAAUAGCCUUGGCUAUGAUAAAGAAGAAUAUCAAAUGGGAAAGACUAAAAUUUUCAUCAGGCAUCCAAAAACGCUGUUCCAAACUGAAGAUGCAUUCCAAGUUAAAAAGCAUGAAAUCGCUUCUAUAAUUGAAGCACACUGGAAGGGUUAUCUACAAAGAACAAGGUAUCGAAAGAUGAGGGAAUCUGCUAUUAUUAUACAAAAGUACAUCAGAAGAGUUCUAGCUAAACGUUUAGCCGAGAAACGCAAGAAGGCAGCAUUUGCAAUCAGAAGGUUUAUCAAGGGCUUCAUCACACGAAAUGGUCCGCCUACAGACGAAAAUAAAUCAUUCUUGAGAAUGGCAAAAGUUCAAUGGUUGAAAAGAUUAUCCAAGAGUCUUCCUAAACAAAUUUUGUACAGACGUUGGCCACCAUGUCCUUUUGUUUGCCAGGACGCUUCCAAACGUUUAGAAACCAUGCACGGAGCACAUUUGUCAAGGGUAUAUAGACUGGCUUUAACACCAGAGAGAAAACGACAGUUUGAGUUGAAAGUGUUGGCGGAAUCGUUAUUUAAAGAUAAAAAGAAAUCGUACAAAGAUAGUGUCCCACAUCUCUUCGAACCUGAUAGAGUUCAAGAAAUACAUAUUCCAAUGAAAGAACUUUAUGCAUCACAACUAAAUGGUGAUAAAGAAGUUUAUUCUACGAAUGUCAUAAAGUUUGAUAGGCAUGGAUAUAAACCAAGGGAGAGACUAAUGGUUAUUGGUAGUAAAAAUCUUCACCUUUUGGAAUGUAAGGGAUCACUUAAACCCAAGCACUGCCUUCCAUUAAAUAUGUUAACCUUUACGAUAACUCCAGAAAAUGACAAGAUGCUUUUGGUGCAAAUUCCGGAGGAUUUGAUCAAAAAAGAUAAGGGAGACUUAAUUUUAGAAGUGCCCAACUUAAUAGAAGCCUUGACCUAUGUUAUGGACACCUUAAAAGAUAAAACUGUCUUGAAAAUAAUCGCCCAAUCACAUAUUGAACAUAAUAUGAAAGGAAAACAAGGUACAAUUGACAUUCAACAUGGAGAUGCCCCCAAGAUCCACAAAGAUAAAAGUGGCCAUUUGUUAAUAGUUGUUUCACCAUAA